AAUUAGAAUUUCGAUUCGCUUUUGUUCUUCGAUUGGAUUCAAUUUGAUAUUUGUAGAUCCUCUGUUGUUUCUUGAAAAAUUUGAAAUGAAUAUAAGCUAGAUUUGUGUGAAUCGAUUUUUUCAAUGUUGGGGACGUUUUUUUAGUGGGCCGAGAAGAAAGGAUGAAUUGUUAAUGGGCCUGGCCCGCGGAUUUUUGGUAUAAAAAAAGGGACAGCUCGAUCGGUGAGGUGAGGAUAUGGGGGGGUCGGAGUUUGUGAUCGUUACGGUGGCGGCGGUUCUGCUGUUGUUGGGAAACGACGUCGUUGAGGCUUCGAGCUCACCAUCGGCGUUUGUGCAGAACGUCAUCUACUCCAACAAGAUUGCCAUCUUCUCCAAAUCGUAUUGCCCGUAUUGCUUGCGUGCCAAGCGCAUAUUCGGUGAAUUACAUGAGCAACCUUAUGUUGUAGAACUUGAUCUUCGAGAUGAUGGGGGGCAAAUUCAGAGUGUUCUUCUAGAUGUGGUAGGCCGAUCCACUGUCCCACAAGUAUUUGUGAAUGGCAAGCACAUCGGUGGUUCUGAUGAUCUCAAAGCCGCUGUUGCGAGUGGCCAACUUCAGAAGCUUCUUAGUAUAAGUUGAGAAUGCAUUGGAAAUCAAGAAACACAAGUAGACUAGCAUCUGAUAUGAAGCUGCAUCUGAACACUUCUGGGAGCUUAAGAUUGUGAGAUGACACUAUAGUAUCUCAAUAUUAAUGCUUCAUGUAAUUAUUGAUGUAGUGCUGAAUUUGCUCGAAUUCAUGGAAGAAAAAUUAAAUGUAGUUUUCGACAACAUUUUGAUGCA